AUGGACCCUGACGAAUCACCAACAGAGACAUCGGAUAAUCUGCCAACUGGCAAGAAACGGCCUCAUAAAAAGUCAAAGACCGGUUGCACCGAUUGUAGGAAGCGUCGGGUCAAGUGUGACGAGAAGAUACCAGCCUGUACAGCUUGCGUUCGACGUGACCAUGCAUGCGUCUAUCCUUCCACGGGAAUCGUCACUCCCAGUCUGACGCCGAGCAGCAGCCAUUCCACACCCGCCUCGGCUCGGCAAACGGAUGAAGCAUCACUCGCUUCUUCGCUUUCGGUACCAAGAAUCGUUGAGGGCCAUGAACAAUCACCACCGUCAGCGAUAACCUUUGUGCUUGAUGAUCUGGCCUUGCUACAUCACUGGACCUUGUCGACGAGCUUAGAAAUUGUCAAGUCCCCCGCUGGAGACCAUUAUUGGCAAAGGACGUUUCCACGGAUCGCAUUCCAACACGCCUUCGUGAUGCAUGGAAUUCUUAGCCUGGCAGCGCUGCAUCUCGCCUACAGACAUCCCGCUGACAAGCGGCGGCUUAUCUGCAUUGCCGCCUAUCAUCAUAACAUAGCACUACGGGGAUUUCAGCAGGGCAUAAACCAAAUGAGAGAUGACAACAGCGACGCGUUGUUUGUUUUUUCGUCGUUGAACAUCGUGUAUGUGUUGGCUAUCUUUGGCCCUCUCUGCGAUAACUCUUCUGCCGACCGCAAGUCCCGCAUCCUCGGAGAUGGAUGGAUUCCAGCGAUACGCGGCGUCGACGCUGUGCUGCAUCCUGUAUACGAGAGGGUCUGCCGAGGACCUUUGAGUAACUUGACAGAGAUCGGCAAUUGGCACAAGCUUGAUCCAAAUGAGCAAUCAGUUGUUCAUGACGACCAUUUUCGCAGUAUACAGGAGGUAUGGGGGAGCAAUAAUGAUGCACAUAUCUACGACCAGGCGCUCUACCUGCUCCGGAAAUGCAAUGCCUACAUGAGACAGUUUGAGACUAUGAGCAGCGAGGCUAGAGCUGAAUGGGGAUAUAAUCAGGAUUGGUCUGCACCAUACAUCUGGUUGCACGCGACUUCCAAGGAGUACCUUGAGAUGCUACAACAGCGACAGCCCCCGGCUUUACUGAUUUUUGCGUAUUUCGGUACUCUGGCAUAUGCUUUAGAUGGAUCCUGGUUUAUGGAAGGUUGGGGACGAAGCAUAGUGGGUGUUGUCAAUGAACUAUUAGGAGGAUACUAUGACCCAUGGAUGAAGUGGCCUAAAGAUACUGUGAGUAUUGAUGACUGA